UCUUCCUCCUUCCCCUUGUUCUCUGCAGAGAGCCCAAGCGUCACGAAUGGGGGACGGGGCAUUUGUUCCUGUGAGCCGCCUUGCUCCCUGCUGCUCCUAACCAGCCCCAGUCGCAAUCUGCUAUGGCUUCCAUUGUCGUGCCUGUUCCAGCAGGGCGUGGGGACUGCACCGGACAGCGCCGAAAGAGAAGACAGCUGGACUGAGGGGAAGUGCUGAGGCCCUGCGAGAUGAGCCUGUCCCCUGGCCCCCCCGCUGCUAGGAUGCUCUUUGUGCUGGCUCUGGCCUGCGCCAGCCCCUUCCUGGAUCUGCGCCCAGACGGGCCGCGCUCCCUCAACGUGGCCAUCAUCUUCAGUGGCUCGUCCUACACGCCUGAGAGUGCCCGCUUUGCCCCCACUGCCUUCCGCAACUUCUCCAUGGAAGUGAACCCCGUCUCGGUGCUCCUUAACGACACCAACCCCCGCAGCCUCAUUGUGCGCCUGUGUGACGUUCUCUCCUCCCUGCGCAUCCACGGCGUGGUCUUCGAGGACGACACACGCACCGAGGCCGUGGCCCAGAUCCUGGACUUCAUAUCAGCCCAGACCUCAGUGCCCAUCAUCGGCAUCAACGGGGGCUCGGCCAUCGUCCUCACACCCAAGGAGAAAGGCUCCACCUUUCUGCAGCUAGGCUCAUCGACGGAGCAGCAGCUGCAGGUGAUGUUCGAGGUGCUGGAGGAGUACGACUGGACGGACUUCGCUGUCAUCACCACACUCUUCCCCGGCUACGAGGACUUUGUGGAUUACAUCGAGGUGCUGACCGACAGCAGCUUCAUCGGCUGGGAACACCGGGGCGUCCUGACCCUCAACCUGACUGAUGACCCUGACGGCUCCCGGGUCAAGCGCCAGCUGCGGGAGAUCCCUGCCCAGAUCCGCCUGCUCUAUUGCUCCCGCGAGGAGGCAGAGAGCAUCUUCCGGGCAGCACAGGACGCCGGCCUCACUGGACCUGGCUAUAUCUGGUUCAUGGUGGGCACCAACCUGGGUGGCACUGACUACAUGCCUGAGCACCUGCCCGUUGGCCUCUUCACAGUGUUGUCGGCUGGCUGGCGGGACGACCUGCACCACCGUGUCCAGAACGGGGUGGCCAUCAUUGCCAAGGGUGCUGAGGCACUCUCCAGGGACUACGGCUUCAUUCCCGAGUUCAACAAUGACUGCCGGGCGCCCAACCUUAGCCAGAUCCAUGAGAACCUCCACCGGUAUUUCAUGAACAUCACAUGGGGGCAAAAGGAUUUUUCGUUCAACGAGGACGGCUACCUCAUCAACCCAUCGCUGGUCGUCAUUUCCCUCAACAAGGAGCGCACUUGGGAGGUGGUGGGGAGCUGGGAGCACCAGAUCCUACGCAUGAAGUACCCGGUCUGGUCGCGCUACGGCAAGUUCCUGCAGCCGGUGGAUGACGACCAGCACCUGACGGUGGCCACGCUGGAGGAGCGGCCCUUCGUCAUUGUCGAGAACAUCGACCCGGCCACCGGCACCUGCAUCCGGGACUCGGUGCCCUGCCGUAACCAACUGAACCGCACCGACAGCCACCCCACAGACCCGCUGCUCUUCGAGAAGAAAUGCUGCAAAGGGUUCUGCAUCGACAUUCUCAAGCGCCUGGCUAAGACCGUGGGCUUCACCUAUGACCUCUACCUGGUCACCAACGGCAAGCACGGCAAAAAGAUUGACGGGGUCUGGAACGGCAUGAUCGGGGAGGUGUUUUACCUGCGUGCAGACAUGGCCAUUGGCUCCCUGACUAUCAAUGAGGAACGCUCUGAGAUCAUCGACUUCUCCGUGCCCUUCGUCGAGACGGGCAUCAGCGUCAUGGUCUCGCGGAGCAACGGGACCGUCUCGCCCUCCGCCUUCCUGGAGCCCUACAGCCCAGCUGUCUGGGUGAUGAUGUUCGUCAUGUGUCUGACCGUGGUGGCUGUCACCGUCUUCAUCUUCGAAUACUUCAGCCCCGUGGGUUAUAACCGCAGCCUAGCCGCCGGGAAACGCACAGGGGGCUCCAAGUUCACCAUUGGUAAGUCCAUCUGGCUGCUCUGGGCUCUGGUCUUCAACAACUCGGUGCCCGUGGAGAACCCCAAGGGCACCACCAGCAAGAUCAUGGUGCUGAUCUGGGCCUUCUUCGCCGUCAUCUUCCUCGCCAGCUACACCGCCAACCUGGCCGCCUUCAUGAUCCAGGAGGAGUACGUGGACACAGUGUCGGGGCUGAGCGACCGCAAGUUCCAGAAGCCGCAGGACCAGUACCCGCCGCUCAAGUUCGGCACCGUGCCCAACGGCAGCACGGAGAAGAACAUCCGCAGCAACUACCCCGACAUGCACACGUACAUGGUGAAGUACAACCAGCGCAGUGUGGAGGACGCCCUGCAGCACCUCAAGUUGGGGAAGCUGGACGCCUUCAUCUACGACGCGGCCGUGCUGAACUACAUGGCGCGGAAGGACGAGGGCUGCAAGCUGGUGACCAUCGGCAGCGGGAAGGUCUUCGCCACCACCGGCUACGGCAUCGCCCUGCAGAAGGGCUCCCGCUGGAAGCGCCCCAUCGACCUGGCGCUGCUGCAGUUCUUGGGCGACGACGAGAUCGAGAUGCUGGAGCGGCUCUGGCUCUCGGGAAUCUGCCACAACGACAAGAUCGAGGUGAUGAGCAGCAAGCUGGACAUCGACAACAUGGCGGGCGUCUUCUACAUGCUGCUGGUGGCCAUGGGGCUGAGCCUGCUGGUCUUCGCCUGGGAGCACCUCAUCUACUGGAAGCUGCGCCACUGCAUGCGGCACACCGGGCGCCUGGACUUCCUGCUGGCCUUCAGCCGGGGCAUGUACAGCUGCUGCACCAGCGAGGACCCCAAGCUGCAGGAUCAUCAGCAGCUGCCCAUCCUGAACCACAGCUACCCCCCGCAACGCGGGGGGGCCACGGCCCUGCCCAGCCCCCCCGCCCCGCCCCUGCCCUGCAGCAGCUUCCUGCCCCGGGACCGGCGCAUCGUGGAGCGCUGGCGCCAUGCCCGCAGCCCCAAUUGCUAUAAGGACUUGUACCCCCCGCCCGCCCCCUCGGAGCCCCCCAAAGCACCCCCGCAGCGCCAUGGCCUCCAGAAUGCCUUCGCCGAGGGCUUCCACCGCUUCUACGGCCCCAUCGAGCCCGAGGGGCUGUCGGACCACCUGGGGGCCGGCGGCGGGGCCCAGGCCAAGAAGCUGGGGCCAUGCCAGCUCUCCCCGCCCCUCCGGAGCCUGGAGAACCCCCCAUCCUACUUCGCCAUCGUGCGGGAGAAGGAGGGUCCCGACCCGGGCGCCUCAGCCUGGCAGAGGAAGUCGCUGCGGGGACUGUACGAAAGUUUCCAGGCGGGCAAGGCCGGGAGCCGGACGCCAGAGGCCAAGAAACACGGUGGCGGGGGGCUGGGCGGCGGCUACGCCGCCAAGGGCCCAUGCGAGGUGGAGGGCGGCCGGCCGGCCCAGGAGCCGGGGCGUUACGGCUACACCCGGCUCUCCUACGAAGACGAGCGCAGCCCGCCCCCGGGGGCAGCGCCCUGCGGGCGGGAGCGGCGCUACCGGCGCCCCGAGGAGCCGCGGGACAGCGAGAGCCAGCCCUUGCUGCGGCCCACCUGCCCAGCCAGCCGGUCCCACGUCUGCCGCGGCCGCUCCCGCCCGCCGCCCGCCGGCUUCCCCAGCCAGAGCCGCUACGUGGAGCUCUCGGACUCGGACUCGGAGCCGUGUGAGCGGGACGGGCCGUGCCCGGAGGCCUCCCCCCCAGCCGGGGCACCCCCGGCUGACGGGCACAGCUGCUGGUACGCGGCCCCUGAUUUCUUCUGCACCUACCCCUCCCGGGAGGCCCCGCUCUUUGCCCCCCACAAGCCUGUGCGCUACUGGUCGGCCGACAAGCUGGCCCCCUGCCGCUCGUGCCACCGGCUUUGCCAGCACUGCGCCAGCCUGGAGCUGCUGCCCCCCCCCGACCCCGCCCUGCCGCAAGGAGGCCCGGGGCUACUUCAGCCGCUCCGAGGAGCGGCUGGAGCGCUGGCUGGACUGGGAACACCGCCUCUGUGGCCCCUACGGCUGCCUGGCACCCAGGCACCACCCCGGUCUCUAUCGGCGCUGCCACCACCACCACUCCUGCGAGCUGGGCCCAGCCGGCUCCCUCCUGCACCCCACCUCCCGCAGCCUGGAGGACCUGAGCUCCUGCCACCUGGUGCGCUGCGGCCUGACCCCCCACCUCCUCGGCUUCUCCCCGCCCGAGUGCCUCCCGCCCCGCCUCAGCCACAGCGGGGAGCUCUUCGCCCGCCGCGGCUCCGCCCACUUCUCCAGCCUCGAGUCGGAGGUAUGACCCAGCCACGGCCGCGGGGGGCAGGGGCCGUGGGACGUGGGCACUGCGGCGGACCUGGGGGGGACAGGGCCACAGCGGCUCAUGCCACAGAAGCCACCGCAGACCCAAGGGGACGGUUUAGCUCCCGCCGGUGCCAAGGACCUACGGCGAGGCGGGGGGGCGGGUCACAGGCCACGGUCGUGGCGCUGCCACGGGGGGCGGUGCCACGCCUGGUCCCACAGACCCACGGAGAGGCGGAGCCUGCCACAGACCCUGGAGAGAGGUGGGAGCUGGCCACGGGAACUGGGACAAGGCGGUCCCCGGCACCACGGAUCCAGGCCGAGAUGGACCCAGCUGUCAUGCCACGGAUCUGGACCCCGCAGAAGCGGGGGGUGGGGGGGCAGUCCAGCUAUGUGUGGGGCGGCUGCCCCUGGUCUCAGAAACUGGCGAGAGCCGGGGCAGGACCCAUUGAGCAGUGGGGGGAUGUCCGUCCCCCCACCCAGCCCCACAGUGCAGCCAGAGGGGGAUGGGCUGGAUCCAUCCACCAGGGAGCUAGCUGGGGGAGGGGGUUAUCAGCCACAUGGCCACGCUGCCCCCCCCCACAGCCCUGUCUUGUCUCCAAAGGGCUCUUUCAUUGUAUCGGGGGGGACACGAUCCGGGGCGGUGGGAUCUCAAAUGUGGGGGCCGGCAUGGAAGUAAAACAUUCCAUCUGUGGCAGGUGGGGGGGGCUGUUUGGAGACUUUCCCUCCCCACAGGGGAAAAUGUCGGGGGGAGCCUGGCCAGGACUUCACCAUGUGUGGGCCAUGGGGGGGUGCCAUGGGGUCCCCCCCUUUCAAUACACAACCGGGAGUAGCUGUUUCACCUUUUUAAAAUCUCUAUUUUUCGGGGGAGACGAAACUGUGAUUUAAAAACCUGCAAAACUGAAACUGUGAUUUCCACCACCCCCAUCCGCCACCUCCCCCAGCGCUCCCCCCCCUUGUCCUUCUUCACUGGCAUCUUUUUCACUGCCUCCCCCCCCGCCCCGCCCCAUCUUUCUCUCCGGCCUUUUCAUUUCAUUUCCCUUUUCUUGGUUUUCAGAUUUUCACCUUCUGCCUCUUUUGUCACUUCUUUCUUCUCUCUCAUCUUCCAUCUGUCCCGCAUGUACCCCGUCUUCAAUCCAUCCCACCCCCCAAAACCCCUGUAUCCACCCCCACACCCCUCUCAAUCUAUCCAUCCCC